GCCGCUGCCCGGUCGCGCUGUGAGGGAGGGGGCCCGGCCAGGCCCGGCCGGCCUCGGCGCCAUGAAGCGGCAGAGCGAGCGCGACUCGAGCCCGGGGGCCCGCGGGGCGUCGUCAUCGUCGGCGAAGCGGCCCCGGGAGCGGGAACGAGAUCGGGAUCGGGAGCGCGGGGAGCGGGAGCGGGAGCGGGGCGAGCGCGGGGAGCGGGAGCGCGGGGAGCGCGAGCGGGAGCGCGGGGAGCCCGACUCGAGCAGCAGCGGCGGCGGCAGCCGGCGGGCCGCGCACAAGAGCUCCGGCUCCGGCUCUGGCUCCGGCUCGGGCUCCGGCCCCACCAAGCACCAGGCCCCGGCCCGCGCCCGCGACAAGCCCCGCGGCGGCAGUGGCGGCGGCAGCAGCAGUCACCGCGACGGCCGAGGCUCCGGGGACUCCAACCACCGCGCGGGGGGCGGCGGCGGCCGCUCGGGCGGAGGCAGCGGCCGCACCAAAGCCGGCGGCGAGUCCGGCUCCGCGUCCGCCUCGUCCCCCGGGGCGUCCCCGCUGCUGCUGCUGCCACCGCUCCCCGAGCCGCCCGCGCCCACGCCGGCCCCGCCGCCGCCUCCCGCCCCGGCCCCGCCACCGCCUCCGCCCGAGUACAAGACGCUGCUCAUCAGCAGCCUGAGCCCCGCGCUGCCGGCCGAGCACCUGGAGGACCGCCUCUUCCACCAGUUCAAGCGCUUCGGCGAGAUCAGCCUGCGCCUGUCGCACACCCCCGAGCUGGGCAGGGUGGCCUACGUGAACUUCCGACACCCGCAGGAUGCCCGCGAUGCCCGGCACCACGCCCGCGCCCGCCAGCUCCUGCUCUACGACCGCCCGCUCAAGGUGGAGCCCGUGUACCUGCGGGGCAGCAGCAGCAGCAGCCGCCGGAGCAGCAGCAGCAGCGCCGGGGCCGCCGCCACCACGCCGCCUCCCGGACCCCCCGCCCCGGCAGACCCCCUGGGCUACCUGCCCCUGCACGGCGGCUACCAGUACAAGCAGCGCUCACUGUCCCCCGUGGGCGCGCCCCCGCUCCGGGAGCCCCGCGCCCGACACGCGGCCGCGGCCGCCGCCUUUGCCCUGGACGCCGCUGCGGCGGCCGCGGCCGUGGGGCUCUCCCGGGACCGGGCCCUGGACUACUAUGGGCUGUACGACGAUCGAGGCCGGCCCUACGGCUACCCGUCUGUGUGCGAGGAGGACCUGAUGCCCGAGGACGACCAGCGGGCCACCCGCAACCUGUUCAUUGGCAACCUGGAUCACAGCGUGUCGGAGGUGGAGCUGAGGAGGGCCUUCGAGAAGUACGGGAUCAUCGAGGAGGUGGUCAUCAAGAGGCCGGCCAGGGGCCAGGGCGGAGCUUACGCCUUCCUCAAGUUCCAGAACCUGGACAUGGCCCACCGGGCCAAGGUGGCCAUGUCAGGGAGGGUGGUGGGCCGCAACCCCAUUAAGAUUGGCUACGGCAAGGCCAACCCCACCACUCGCCUGUGGGUGGGAGGCCUGGGACCCAACACCUCUCUGGCUGCCCUGGCCCGGGAGUUUGACCGCUUUGGAAGCAUUCGAACUAUUGACCACGUCAAAGGAGACAGCUUUGCCUAUAUCCAGUACGAGAGCCUGGAUGCAGCCCAGGCUGCCUGUGUCCAAAUGAGGGGCUUUCCUUUGGGGGGGCCAGAGAGGAGGCUCAGGGUGGAUUUUGCCAAAGCUGAGGAGACCAGAUAUCCCCAACAGUGCCAGGCUACGCCGCUCCCGGUGCACUAUGAGUUACUCCCCGAGGGGUACACCAGGCACCGAAAUUUGGAGGCUGACUUGAGGGUCCGAGAUAGAACUCCCCCCCACCUGCUCUACUCAGACCGGGAUAGAAGCUUUGUGGAGGGUGAUUGGGCCAGUCCCUCCAAAAGCACAGACCGCAGAAACAGCUUGGAAAGCUACAGCCGUUCUGUGCGCAGCCGCAGUGGGGAGAGAUGGGGCAGUGAUGGGGACCGAGGCCUGUCUAAGCCCUGGGAAGAAAGGCGAAAGAGGAGGAGCUUAUCCAGUGAUCAUGGGCGGACUACCCACUCACCUUACGAGGACAGAGGCAGAACCAAAGUCAGUGGGCUGCCCUCAGAUAGAAGCCCCGAGAGGCUCCGAAGAGAGAACCAUACCAGUGAGUCUGGAGCAGAGAAGGAGCCGAGCAAUUCGCUGCCCAACAACCGGCACGGGGCGGAAGAGAGAGGUCCAGACUCUCACCAGGUGAAAAAGAGAGAUAGCGAACGCAAUCAUCGAACCAGCGAGGUAGAAUCGAAACCCACCGAAGAGCCAAAACCCGAGACCAAAAAGCUAAAGAGUCUGUCUGAGUACGCUCAGACCCUACAGCUGGGCUGGAAUGGGCUUCUGGUGUUGAAAAACAGUUGCUUCCCCACUUGUAUGCACAUUCUAGAGGGGGACCUGGGAGUGAUCAGUGGCCUCCUCAAAGACCAUGCUUCAGGGAGCAAGCUGACACAGCUCAAGAUUGCCCAAAGACUUCGACUUGACCAGCCCAAAUUGGAUGAGGUCACGCGGAGAAUCAAGCAGGGAAGCCCCAAUGGUUACGUGGUGCUUCUGGCCACUCAAGCUUCUCCAGGAGGGCCUGGAGCAGAGGGGACCCACACUGUGGAGCCAGGUUUGCAGCGGAGGCUUCUCAGGAAUCUGGUCUCAUACUUGAAACAGAAGCAGGCUGCUGGGGUGAUCAGCUUGCCAGUGGGAGGGACCAAGGGCAGAGACAACACAGGCAUGCUCUAUGCCUUCCCUCCGUGUGAAUUCUCCCAGCAGUACCUCCAGUCUGCUCUAAGGACAUUGGGGAAGUUAGAAGAAGAGCAUAUGGUGAUAGUUAUAGUAAGAGACACUGCCUAGCCAAAACCUGGCUUUUUCCAAUCUUGUGUUUCCUUUGUGUCAUGAAAACAGUUAUUUUUAAAGCCAAUUCUGCUUUUGGUUUGGCUUUUCUGCCCAGUUAUUAUGGUUGGUUUGGUGAAGGCCAAAGCCCCCUCCACCAAAACUCAAUUUUUUUUUAAUGCCCAUUUGAAGGUAUUCCCAUUUUAUUGAUUUCUAAUGUAUGAAACACUUUCCAGUGUGUUCUGUAUUUUAUUUUUUAACUAACUGUAUGGAAAGUUGUCAGUAAAGCCUUUGUCCAAGGAUCAUUUUUUAA